AUGAAUAAUAAUUUACAAUUAAUUGACAAUCAAUUAUUAUCUUUAGGUUUAGUUAGAAAGGAAAUACCAAAAGAUGGUGCUUGUUUAUUUAGAUGUAUAAGUGAAUAUAUCUAUGGUACUCAAAUUAAACAUAGAUACGUUAGAGAGAAGUGUAUAGAGUAUCUAGAGAAGAAUCGUGAGAGAUUCGAACCGUUUGCAUGUAUUAAUGAUCCGUGGGAGCGUUACAUCGAGUUGAUGGCAAAGGACGAUACGUGGGGCGGUGAGAUAGAACUACAGGCAUUGUCACUCUACUACAGAGUGAACUUUGUCAUUUACAUUGGAACGACUACUACCUGCGUUGACAACAGCUAUCCGAUCACUAUUAGCUUGGCAUACUGUCAAGGUGAACACUAUGACAUCGUAUAUCCAAUCACUCAUAUGAACCUGCUAAAGUCAAUGCAAUCGAUCAUCUACGAACUCUUGGCAGAUACACCACAACUUGCCAUCAAAACAGAUACCUCGCAAUGGUAUAAUACCUCUAUAAUCUGGUGGGAAGAAGAAGUAAAGAUUAAACAAAAGAAGGAUAUGAAAAUAGUUGAAACUCUUAAUAUGAAUAAAAGAGUUUAUAUCAAUCCUGUAGAUGAAUUCAAAUUGAAACAAAAGAAGGAAAAGGAGAGAUUGGAGAGAGAGAAAGAGAAGAACAAGAAGAAGGCUCAACAACAACAAAAUAAGAAUAGAAGUAUAAUAAGAUCGAGUGGUGAUAGCGACACUAGUAGUGGUGGUGGUGGUGGCAGUAAUUCUGGAUCGAUACCAUCAUCUCCUGCUGCACCUUCUUCUUUGAAUAACAGUGCCAAUAACAAUGAGGUGAUCUAUCCUGCAAUGGAGGAGAUGGAUGAGGAAUUGAGAGCGAUCAUCAAACAAAUCGAGCAACAAGAUAUAGAAGAACAAAGAAAACUUGGUAUGGAAAAACAUUUCCCUACACUAGCUGGUGGUAAACAAAAUAGAAAUAAUAAAAAUAGGAAUCAACAACCAUCAUUACCAUCACCUUCUUCAUCACCUCUCAAUAACAAAACAAAUGAAAAUCAAGCUACAGUACAACCAACUUCAACAAGCUCGACAACAACAACAACAACAACUCAAGAUAACAACAAUAAUGAAGAGCUGUCGACAGUAACUGUUACUAUAGCACCAGCUUGGAAGACAGCACAAGAUUGGAAUCAAGUAAAGAAUAUGCCAGUAUCUCCAACUCCAACAACAACAACAGCAAUACCAACAACACCACCAACUGCAACAGAUCAGUCAUCCAAUUCUGAAUCUGAUAAUAAUAAUAACAAUAGUAACAAUAAUAGUAAUAGUAAUAAUAACUUCCAAUUUAAGAUUAAAAAUAAAAAUAGAAAAUAA